CUUGCCGACGUCGCGACGAGCUUUAAGGCGUGUAAAGGCGAUGUUCCUCCUCCGCUCGUGGUGAGGACGUCCGCGUCAGGCGGACCGCGCAUCUACCUCUUCGGCGGCCGCCUCGUUACGACGCGAUGCAUGACGAACGACCUGUACGAGCUUGACAUCGACACCGUCACCUGGCGCAAGGUCAAGCCAGGCCAGCUGAACCCGGACGACGCUCGCUACUUCCACUCGGCUGAUCUCUGGGAUGGGAAGCUGAUCAUCUGCAGCGGCAUGGGCUACCCACGACGGAGUGAUAGCUCCGAUGGCCUCUCGGUGCUGGACGAAGUGAUCGCCCUCGAUCUCGCCACGCUCACUUGGGACCUCGACUUUGCCGCCGCUCCGUCGACAUCCACCGCGGCCGUAACAGCAUCCUCGUCGGCGGCGGACAUGCGUCCUCUGCCACGCUACGCCCAUCUCUCCUCCACCACUUCCGACCACCUUGUCAUCCUCGGCGGGCAGGACAUCGACAACAAGUACGUCGAGCAGAUCGCCGUCUUUUCCCUGCGCCAGCGCUGCUGGGUGCGCUGCGAUCGCCUCAACAGCCAGUGCGGGUCGUACAGGAGCUUGGCCGUCAGCGGCGCCUGGUGCAUACAAGACGAAAGCGGCCGGGAGCAGCGCGCGGGCGAGGGACUCACACCGAUCACACGCCCUUGCUGGAUGCCGUCGCCAGCAGCCGCAGAGGCAACAGCUGCAGCAAAGGCACAGGCGAGGGCGACAGAGGCAGAAUUGAUGCCGAUCUACGUCUACUCGAACUACAACUUUGCAGAUGUCAAGCGCGAGCUGGAGCGAAUUCAGUACAGUCGAUCUGCAUCAGACGAAGCGCUGUCGCUCGCGACGGAGGACCUUUCCCCGCAGAUGGUCGGUGUAUCCUUACCUCCCGGUCUGCGAUUCCCCAACGGCUUUGUCCUCGGCAGCCACCUGAUCAUCAGCGGGACAUACCUGGCCAAUACAUCGCAGACAUUCUCCAUCUGGGCUCUGCACCUGCCCACGCUCACUUGGUCGCGCAUGGACGGCGGCAGCGUCCUUGCACACGGCUCGUGGAACCGCGCGAUCCUGUGGCCAAAAGAGAACCGGCUUCUCGUGCUUGGUAAUCGCGAGCGUGACCUUGUGGCCGACUAUAACCAUCGCCAGACAAAUUGGGAUCACAUCGCUCUGCUCGAGCUUGAGCCCUGGGGCAUCUACCAGCCGCCACCCUUCAACUUCCACUGGCGGGCUGCCACUCUAGGCCUCGAGAAGCUCGGAGACUUUGAGAUUGUUUGCUCCGAUGGAACCAAGCUAGGUGUCAAUCGAGCUGUGCUUGAGCGGCGUUGGGCCUGGUUCAAACGGGCGUUGCAGGACUACCGAAAGCGUGCGAGUGAUGCCGCUCAAUCACAAGCGACCAAGGACGGCGUGUCAGUACCCACUUAUAUCAUCGGUGAUGAUGGGGGAAAGAUCAAAGCCGACAUACGCAUCACACCACGUCAGCUGUUCUUGCCUGAACCAAGCCCAGUCGUUGUCGCCCUGCUCGAGUUUUUCCACACGCAAACGAUCUGCACCAGCUUGCAGCGCCACCCAUCCAUGCUUGCCACGCUGCUGAUCAUCGCGGCGAUGUACGAAAUUCCGGGCCUUACCCUAUGGACCAACCAUGCGAUUCACCAGUGCCUCACGCGUGAGCUCAGUCCUUCUACUAAGACUCUCACGCAAGUCGAGCCGACGGUGCUCCCUGCGGAGGAGCGGCAUCGCUUGGCAAUCCUUUUGUACGAAGCCGCCUCGCUGUGUGGGCGCGCUUCCUUGCAAGUCAGGGCUUUGCGCGUCGUCAUG